UUUUUCACAGAUUCAAGCUCACCACCUUCCUCCCUCUCUCAGACCUCCUCUGCCUCUCUUUCCCCCUCCGUAUUCCAAGUAUACAUCUUAUGAUAAUACUGCACUUCUCCUGACAUAUCUUGUUCUUGCUUUCUCAAGGGACGCCAUUUAACCGGCUGUCACAAUCUGCGUACUAUCAGUACGAACCCCACGAGACUAGGCUAUUCAACUAGGGACAUGAGUCAUGACUUCAUAGAUUACGGCGUGCAACGUCUGUCCAGUGAGUCUACCUUCCCCAUGACAGUCACUAUGGCUGCGAUGCGAACAAUCCUCCUGUCCUGUUUUCUUUUCACAUGCGGGAAAGUUCUGGGGCUGUCAGGAAACUUUUGGCACAUCACGGAUAUUCACUGGGACCCAACCUAUAAACACACCGAAAAUCCUGAGCUUGUGUGUGCUUCUAGUGGAAAACGUCCUGUGCCCAGUGCGGGACAAUUUGGAGACUACCUCUGCGAUGCGCCAUGGGACCUUAUUAACUCCACAGUGUAUGCAAUGAAAUACAUUCUGCCAGAUCCGGAUUUCAUCGUCUGGACAGGAGAUGACACGCCGCAUGUCCCGAAUGAGGAUCUGGGAGAAGAGGAGGUUCUCUCCAUUAUCAGCAACCUCACCCACAUCAUAAAGCUUGUUUUUCCAAGUACUAAAGUGUACUCAGCGCUGGGGAAUCAUGACUACCAUCUGAAGAGCCAGCUACCCCCAGUCCAGAACAACAUCUAUGAACAGACAGCACAGCUGUGGCAGGGCUGGUUGGAACCAGAGUCUCAAACAACCUUCCGCACAGGUGGAUACUAUACAGAGAACCUGCUGAACCGACCAGGUUACAGGGUUGUAGUCCUCAACACUAACCUAUACUAUGACCAGAACAAGGUCACAGAAAACAUUGACGAUCCAGCCGGCCAGUUCAACUGGGCAGACCAAGUUCUUACAGAAGCUGCCAACAACAAAGAAAAGGUUUACAUCAUUGGCCACGUUCCACCAGGGUUCUUUGAGAAGAAGCGGAAUAUGCCUUGGUUUCGACCCAACUUCAACAAACGUUACCUAGAACUGAUCCAGAAGCAUCACUCUCUAAUUAUCGGACAGUUCUUCGGCCAUCAUCACACUGACAGCUUCCGCAUGUUCUACAGCUCGGAAGGUUCCCCCAUCAGUACCAUGUUCCUUACCCCUGGUGUCACUCCCUGGAAGACCACCUUACCCGGGGUAAUAGACGGAGCCAACAACCCUGGGAUCCGCGUCUUUGAAUAUGACACCCAAACUCUUCUAGUCAAAGACAUGGUGACCUACUACCUGAACCUGACCCAUGCCAACGUGGCCCAGGCACGCUGGGAGAAAGAGUACCGCUUCACUGAGAGCUUUCGUGUGCCUGAUGCCUCCCCGGCCUCCAUGCACCAGGCCGUAGAGCGCAUGGCCAGCGACCGCUGCUACCUGCAGAAGUACUACGAGUUCAACUCAGUCAACUACGACCUGACAGAAUGCAACAGUGACUGCCGAGUUGACCACGUGUGUGCUGCUAGAGAGGUAGACUUUGAGAGGUACGAGCAUUGUCUGGAGAAAGAGAGGGCAUCAUCGACUGGUGUUGCCAUGUUGUCAGUUCUCUCUGUGGUGAUCAGUAUAGUCUGGGCAAGCUGUUAAUGAUCUCAAUGUGCACCAAACAUAUGGACCCAUUACUACUGGUUGCCUACAAUGAAAGGACUGAACGGCUGCUCCAAUCCAUGGAGUCCUUCUCCCAAAUGUUGCGAUUUAAGGACAUUUACCUUGAUUGAUUUAAUCAGAUAGAUGAAUGUAUCCUUUUCUAACUUAAGAUCUGUCAAGAAUGCCUCUUUUUGAAUAUAGCAAUCAGAAUUCACAGAUUGACUGCAUGCGGCAUUUUCCAGUCUGUGCAUCUCAAUUUCAGUCAUGUACCACGCUUGUUAAAGUACGUUAUGCUGUGAAAAUGUAGAAGAAAAUGGUUUAAUAGGAAGACCUUUGAUUUCAAAACUCUUUUUGUGACUUAUUUUAACUCAUGUUAAUCGGUGUAAUUUCUACCACCGGAAAAUCUUUUUGAUACUCUAGAGAGGCCCAUCCUUUGUGGUAGACUGUAGCGAGAAUGAUCAAUGGUUUCAUUUGAAUUUCUUUUUAUAUAGUCCCUAUUUGAAUAAAUCACUUAUUAAUCUUUUGAAGAUCGAGUUGGACCUAGGGCUGUGGCGGUCAUGAAAUUGUCAGCCGGUGAUAGUCAAGCAAAUAACUGCCGUCUCACGGUAACUGACCAUUAAUUAACAUAAAUGGGUUUAUCUCCUGGCUUCCAGGCAUAGCCUACAAGCCACUGAUGCAGACCUUUGGAAGAUUUACACAAGUCAAUUAAAUGUAUAUAUAUGUAGCCUACACCAUCACAAUAAAUCCACUAUUUAUUCUAGUCUAAAGAAGCAUGAUAUGAAGAAAAUGUAGUCUAUUUUGUCCUUAUGUUUGGCACUAAUAUGGCUGUAGUUCAUUUAGCAGACAAGAUUUUCUUAGAAUAUCGUGGCAUUAUGUUUUAUUAUUAUUUUAUUUAUAGUUUUAUUAUUAUUAUUAUGAAGAAUACAAUUGAACAUGGCUGAAUAAAACAGAAAGGAUAUUUUCUCAAAUAUUUCCAAGGAAGUCCGCACAUGCAGCUAUUCUGUCGAGCGGUUAAUAAACAUGUCCUCCUAUAU